GUGCGGGCCGUCGGGGGGAGAGCGCGGGGAGGAGCAGGAGGAGGGAGCGGAGGAGCACGCGGCGUGGCGCCGCUCCUUCUCUUGAGCAGGCCGGCCCUGGAUGCGGUCAAGAAACCUGCAGCGGCGGCGCCCAUCGACCAUCAGCACAGCGGCAGGCUUUGAAGGAUCUGUAAUGAGCUCGAGUAGGGAUUGUUCCGUUCAUCUUUGGUGACUGUGCCUACCUGCAGCAUCCUCUGUAUUUCUAUCAAUGGGUGAUUUUCAGAAUAUAGUCAGGCCUAAUAUUGGAUGAAUUGGAUGGCGCGAUGUCGGGUGGGAGCAGGUCCUGGAGCGCGUCCGCGAGAUGGGCGGCGGCGUGGAGGAUGACUGACGAGCGCGAUGGAGGCGGACAAGACGAUGGUGGUGGCGGGCGAGAGGAGGCACUGCUGGAGCGCGUCCUGUGGAGGGUGGCGACGGCCAGUCUUUGCACAAGCUAGAGUUUGGAUGUCUAGGGAUUCACCGAGAGCGACAACAACCACCAUUGGCCUUCGUGGACUCCAUUGCUGCCCCAGUUUCGUUACCGGGUUUGCUUUGGCACAUAGAGUGCUUACAGAUCAAGCCCUCUACUUGGCUGCUUUGAGACAACGGCAUGUUCUGCAGCUCGGGGAGUCGUCGGCGGCGGCAGAUGGGUCCUGCACCUUCAAGCUAAAGCAACGGCAACUCCAGGAAAAUCGUGUGUUUGCUGCUGCUAAUAAAAUGCAGAUCCAAUUAGUGUCCGUCAGCUGUGCGGAAAUACGAGUAUCUCCAGUGGAGUCCAUACUCGAUGGUAGGCUUGAUGGAUAUUGCAAGUGUGCUUGAACUGGUUUCUUGCGGGAAGCACCCUCAAAUCGAUCCUUGGAAGCACAAAUGCAGUAAGUUGGUAGCUGCUUGGACCAUCUGCUUCUUGCAGUACCAAGUUAAAACGAAUUUAUGGUUCUUGUGUAACCAUCUCACUUAAAUGAGGGAACAUGAGAGGUGUUUGUGGUCAGUAGACUUCUCACUUGGCACCCAAUUAAUAUUCUUGCACUGCUUUCACUUCUUCAUUUACAUGCACACCACUUUGCUUUCUCCGGAUACCAUAUAAUAAUAACAGCUACACAUUUCAACAUGAUGCCAUAUAAAGCUUGAUAAAAUCAAUCUCCGGAAGAAUUUUUUUCUCUACCGAAAUCUGAAGGAAUUAUAUAAGCAUGUGUUAUUUAACCAUUGUUUGAACCUAAAGUGAUGAAGUAUCCUCACUUGGAUACUUCUUUUCACCAAUAAGCAUUUACUAGCCAAACUUCAUUGUAAUAAGUGCUUUAUGCCAGGCUGUUUGUUUCAUUUUAAUACAAUGAUUUCGUAGCACUGACACUUUUAUUUAUAGAAAUAUGUUUCUCUAAUAAACUUUUCACUAUGCAUAGUAUUUCUGCCCGUACAGACAGGAAGUGAGAUUUCUAGGGUUAGGCCAAGAGGAAACUAACACAUUUAAGAAUUAUUCGGUGCCUCAAGUCAGUUCUCUAGAAUUUGAUGUAGUACAGGAAAAGGAAUGGAUAACCCAUGCCUCAACAGCCUAGGUGAUUAACUCUUGCAAUCACAUCCUACACGCAACACACUAUGGGAGUCAAAUAACUUAUGGCCGGUGGCAGCGGCGGCCUGUCCUCCAGUUGCAACAGCGACUCAGGGGCAGCAGUAGCUUCGAUUAAGAGGGUAACAUAUAUGGCUGAGGUCGGAGGAGAUCGAAACACGGAGGCGCAAUCAUGAAACGCUAAUAAGAGGCGGCGAUGAAAAAAGUUGUUUCAGGCUGAUGGUUCCCUUUUGAUUUUUAGCUACUCUCUUUUCCAUUGGAUGUCGGUUGAAGUGAUGAAGUAUAACAGUUGCAUUCCCUUUGUUUGUUGCAUCGUGCCUAUAAUUUGUCACAGUUACCCAUAUCUAUUUUCUUGGGUACACAAUGACGUAAUGUGGGCGUUAAUAUCAUUUGUACAAUUAAUAUCUAUUUUCCACUACUUUGCAUGUAAAAACCAUUAUAUGUAUGACCUGGAUAACUCUAGACUACUUAUAAGAGUUUACUGAUUUUGUGUUUUACACCAUCACCUAUAAGGAUGCCCCUGGAUUAUGUUCCUAUCCAUACAAUACUUUCAUUCUCUGCGCUUCAGCUAGCUAACAUAGUUUUUUCCCUUUUUAUUUAUUAGCC